ACGGAGCGGGAUUGGGGGGAGCGCCUGUACGUGCGCGCGUGUGCGCGCAAGAGCGAGCGAGCCGGGAGGAUGAGAGAGGAGAGAUGGAGAGAGAGAGAGGGAGAGACUGUGUAGAGGAGAGAUGAACUGAGGCGCUCGCUCGGGUCUACUCCGCUCCUCCUCGUCACCCUCAUUGCCCACCCCAUCUCGUUGCUGCACCGAGGCGGUGUGGGGAGAGACGCGAGAAACAUCGCCCGCUCUGCACUGGACGGUCGUGAUAGGAGCGUGUGGUGUUGGUAGGGGCUGCGGGUGCCUUGUGAACCAACGCACGGCUCUCAGCUCAUCCCCUCCCCAUGCCUGGUCAGCAGCAUCAUCAGCAGCAUCAUCAGCAGCGUCGUGGUGGUGGUGGCGACGGGCAGAGCGCGCGAGGCAAGGGAGGCGCUCGGGGGUCUCGCGGCAUCGCGAGCGUCGUGGCCAAGCCGGACUCGGGAGCAGCGGCGGCACGGGGAGAGGAGGCGGGGGAGAGGGGGGAGAGUGAGCGAGAGAGUGGCGAGAGAGGGAGGGAGUGGAGAGAGGGAGCGGGUGGUGCCAGACGAGAUGUAAUCGUUGGAGGCGGAGGAGGAGAGGGACGAGAGAGCGUGGUGGUGGUGGUGGUGGUGCCGAUUCGUGUCGCGCACAGGCGGGCCAUGUGAGAAGUCGCUCCCCUCCACUCCGAGGGCCCCUGGCGCUGCUCGCGGCCCCCGCGUCUGCAUGGAGGGGACAGCCGGGGUCCUGGGGUCAGCGAGGGAGUCCCGCGCCCCCCACGGGACCCUCCGGUGGACGGGGUGGAGGCUGCCACCCCUGCCCCCCCUCAUCCCCCUGAUCCUCAUCCCGGUCAUCUCUGCCGCAGCCACACUGAGCCAAUCCGAGAGGUGGCCCCUGGCGACAUCGCUGCCGUGGGGAGACGUGGACACGUGGAACAGCACGACCUCUGACCUUCAGCUUCUUGACCUCCUACACCAAACUCAACCCCAGCUCUGGGGGUCACCCAACAGCUUGGGGGAUGAAGAUGUUUUUGAGUGGGGUCCAACCAUGACGAUGUCACCAUCACUUUCAUCAUCAUCAUCAUCACUUGUAGCAGCAGCAGAAGAUGCAGCAGUAAUAUCAGAAGCAGCAGGAACAUUGACAUUAUCAUUAUCAGCAACAUUAUCAUCAGCAGCAGUGGUGACAGCACCAUCAGCAGAAGUGUUAACAUCGUCAUUACCAUCAUUGUCAUCAUGGACUCUGCUUCCAUCAUCGUCACCAUUGCGGCUCGAGGGGGGUGCGACGCGCGUGGUGACUGAAUCACAGGAUCUCCCGUCAUCUUCUCUUGUCUUCUCACCUCCUCAUCACUCCUCACCACCUCCUCCAGAAGAGACCACGGCUGGCUCAGCUGCGUCCAGAGACAUCGCGCCGUCCUUAACUCCCCUCGUCGCCUUCACCGCGUCCCGCUCGUCGGCUCUCUCCUCCCACCCCGAGCUCCCCACCUCCUCGUCGCCGCCACGUGGGUCCCCGUCCCUCGCGCUUCUCGUUUCCGAUUUCCACGAGUCGGAAUCUUUUACGGAAGAGACUCCGUCUUCGCACCGCACGUCCUCGGAUCUCUUCCCUUUGGCGGCAUCAGAAGGAGGAGGAGCUCUUUCCGGGUCCUCCGAGCUCCGCUCUUCGCUUGCGAUCGCAGCAGAUCUCGCAGCUCCACGGCGGAACUCGGAGCCCGCCAUCUCUUCUCUGGCGGAGUCGAGCGCUGCGCUGUUGGGAACGGAUCUCGCGGAGAGAGUGGCGACGGGACGCGGCCUGAUCCCCGCGAGCUCCUUCGCCGCCCCCGCCCAACCGUCGCCUGCGUCCACUAUCGGGCGAACACCGCGCGAGGGCAUCCCUGCAUCGUCUUUAGCAUCAUUGUCGUCGUCAUCAUUGCCUCACCCGAGCAGAGACAUCCUCCCCACGUCCGCCGAUAUCUCGACAUCGCAAGGUCCCCUGCGUUCAUCCCGGCCGCCUCUCCUCUCCUCGAUGCCUGGGGACUCCGAACUCUUCUCCUCCACUGCCUCCUCGUCCUCGCCAUCAUCCCCGCCCGAGCUGUCUCCCUCGGUGGAGAUUGCAGCCCAAGUCUCUGGGACUCCUCUCUCGGUGACGCGGACUCCGGCGCUUCCUGCAAAUGCAGGGGCGGCGGUGAGCGGCUCCGUGGGGAGCGACGCUGACCUCCUGGCGUCACGGCGAUCCCCGUCGCUCGCGACCGGCAUGGAAGCCACCGCAUUCGUCUCGUCCUCCGCUCCAUCCAUGUCGUUCGCGAGCGCCAUCGGUUCCUCCGGCCGAGGCCCCCGGGGUACGGUGACCACGCAACCCAUGAGCUCGGCCGCGCGGAUCGAGGCGCCGCCGCUCUCAUCUCAAGCACCGUCACCCGUGGCGGAGGAGAGCGCCGCUCUGAGCCCAGUGCCAAAGUCGACGCGGGUGACGACAACGUCGUCGAUGGUGAUGAUGACGACGACCACGAUGAUGAUGAUGUUGACGGGGGCGGCUUCGUCGUCGGUCGGGGCGACCCCUUCUCCCGUCCUCUCAGAGCCGAGCGAUUCUUCUCAGCUGCCAGAUAUUUUCGGAGAGAUUGAUGGCAGCGGCCUCGCGUCAUCGCUUACCUCCUCCUCAUCUUUCUCCUCCUCGUUCUUCUUUUUAUCAUCUUUGCCAUCUCCAUCGUCGCUGUCACCAUCACCAUCAUCGUCGAUCCUCCUUCAGCAGGACCUGCCGUUUGCCUCGCCGCCGCCGCUCACCUCGCCCGUCGCGUCCACGUCGAUCAUCGUCAACCGAGGACCACCUCUAUCGUCCAUCUCCACCUCCUCCUCCACAUCUUCGUUCUUCUCAUCAUCGUCAUCAACAUCUUCGUCGUUGCUGCCAUCGUCUGGCCUCGUCGCCUCCAGCUCCUCUGUGCCUUUCCCCACGCCCCGGGCCUCCGUGACCACAGCUCUACCGGCCACAGAGGCCUCCUCCCUCCCAGCCAGGGGCACCGCGGCCUCCGCUACGAUUGGACCCACGGCCUCGUCGCCGCCACCACCACUGCCGUCAACAAUGACGCCGACCUUGACAUUCGCCCCCGCGAUGACCACCGCAGAGUUCGUGACCUCAGGGCCAUUGGGGCCCACGGUGCCCACAACCACCCUGAUACCCACCCCAACCUCAAUGAUGUCAUUGGUGCCAGCGACCAACCUGAUACCCACCCCCACACCAAUGAUGUCAUCGGUGCCCGGGACCACUCUAAUACCCACCCCGACACCAAUGAUGUCAUCGGUGUCCGCGACCACCCCGACACCCACCUCGACCUCAAUGAUGUCAUCGGUGCCCGUGACCAACCUGAUACCCACCCCCACACCAAUGAUGUCAUCGGUGCCCGGGACCACCCUGAUACCCACCCCGACACUAAUGAUGUCAUCGGUGCCCGCGACCACCCCGACACCCACCUCGCCCUCAAUGAUGUCAUCGGUGCCCGGAACCACCCUGAUACCCACCCCGACACUAAUGAUGUCAUCGGUGUCCGCGACCACCCUGACACCCACCUCGACUUCAAUGAUGUCAUCGGUGUCCGCGACUACCCUGAUACCCACCCCGACACCAAUGAUGUCAUCGGUGUCCGCGACCACCCUGACACCCACCUCGACUUCAAUGAUGUCAUCGGUGUCCGCGACCACCCUGAUACCCACCCCGACACCAAUGAUGUCAUCGGUGUCCGCGACCUCCCUGAUACCCACCCCGACACCAAUGAUGUCAUCGGUGUCCGCGACCACCCUGAUACCCACCCCGACACCAAUGAUGUCAUCGGUGUCCGCGACCUCCCUGACACCCACCCCGAUGCCAACGGCACCAGCGGUGCCCACGUCCACCCUGACCCCAACGGUGCCCACGGACCCUCCAGGAACCCUGAACUGCAACGUGACGGAAGCGCUGUGGGUUACCACGGGGGUCACGGUGUCUGCCGGUACGGACCCCUUGAGCCGCGGGUUUCGGGAUGGGGUGGCGGACGGGCUGGCGAGGGCUGUGCGGGGGGCUCUGGGUGAGGGGGGUGCGGUGGUGCAGGUGGAAGCCAUCCUCAAGGCCUCCUCCCGCGGUGCCGACGUGUGGGACGUGUCCUACGUCACGGUCGUGGGGAGCCAGGCGCUCACGGCGUGGGCCGUGUCGGGCUCGCUGGCUCGCUACGGCUCCAUGCGCGUCGCCUGGGAGCUCAAGAGCCACGGGGUCACGGGGGUGACGGACCCCCCCGGCUACCCGCACCUGUCCUACCCGACGCUCUUUCAGGUCACGACAGCGCUGGCGUUGGUGAAAGACGACAUCCGCUUUUGCGGCUUCGUCCAGGCGCUGGAGGUCCGUCUGGCGAGGGCCUUCGCCGCCGCUUGGGCCCUCCGCGACCCGGCCCCCUCCCCCUCGACUCCCACUCCCACCCUCGCCCCGGGGAUCGUCACGGCACAGGUGCUGAGCGCGGAGCGCGUGCCCCCCCUCUCGCUGGACGUGACGCUCACGUACGUGGUGGCGGUGGCGGGGCGGGAGGGCGCUCCCCUCAACGGAUCGGAGGCGGCGGAGGUGAUCCGUCUCCUCCCGGCGGCGCUGCUGGGAUUCUACCUGGGAUACCCGCCAACCACCCUUGCUGAGCCCGUCGAGUACCCCAUCCUGGACACGUCUGCCAGGACCCGGCAGCUCUGGGUACUGACAGUGCUGCUGGACGUGACGGACGCGACGCUGCGCGACGCGCGAGGCUUCGCGGCCGACAUGGAGCGCCGCCUCGCAUCGCUCUACGCCCGGGCGGAGCGCGACGCGGCGCCGUCGUCACGGAGGACGCGGCGUGCCGCCACCAACGGGCGGUUCACCGUACAGGUGGUGAACGCCAGCCGGGGCGCGGGCGGCGGCGAGCGCGCCGACGUGGUGCACUACGCGCGGCUCGACGGGCGCGACCUCCCCGCCCUGGACGCCGUGGCGCUGCUGGCGUCCGUGAGCCAGCAGACGGCGGCGCUGGCGCUGGGCCGCCGCGUCCUCUCGCUCGCCACGCCGGUGAUGCAGGUGAUGUCCCCGAGCCAAGCGCCCGUGGGGGGCGCGGGAAACCUGUGGAUCAUCGCGGCCGUGGUGGUGCCCGCGGCGCUGGCGCUGGCGCUCUCCUCGGUGCUCUACUGGAAGCUGUGCCGCUCCAACCGCAUGGACUUCAAGGCCGACACCAUGAGCCGCAUCCACAGGGCAAAGAGCGUGCAGGGCUUCGACUACGCCAAGAAGACCAUCGGCUCGGACCUGCGCAUAGACCAGGAGGUCGCGACCCCCGUGAAGGUCAUGGCCGGGGUGUCACGCUCGCCCUCGGUCGCCAAGGAGACGCCCUCGUCGCGCAGCCACACGCCCCAGCGGAACAAGCUGCGUGGCAAGAACGGCCGGACGGAGCCAUCCGACACGGAGUCGGAGCUGAGCGCCGGGCGGGGAGACACCAGGGUUUCUCCGGGGUCCCACGAGACGCCGCUGAGGAACGGACGCCUCGGCUCGGAGUGGAGCGUGAGGUCAUCCUCUAUGCUGGACGACUCAGGGAGAGCAGGAGGAGGGGUGACGUGGCCGGCCCGUGGCAGCAGCCGGGACACGUCGCGCUCACGCUCGCGCUCCCGCUCGCAUUCGCGUGCUCGCACUCACGCGCAGAGACAGCCCCCUAUCCAGCUCAUCUCGCUCCGGCCUCUCCCGGAUACGCGGGAGCCAGGCCGCCCGCCGCUCUCCCCGCGCUCUCCUCCCCCACUCUCUCCGCGCUCUCCUCCCCCACGUUCCCCACGCUCUCCUCUCUCGCACUCCCCACGCUCUCCCCAGCAGACUCCGCCGAUAACCCCGACCGCCCGGGACGCCCAGGAAAUGGAGCUGGCGACGCGGGCGCCUGACUCGACUCUGGAGCAGCAGCAGCAGCAGCAGAAGAGGAAAAAAAAGAGGAGGAGAGAGAAGGCCCAGGGGCAGGCGAGCGCCGGCGACGGCUCGGCCCGGAGGAGGUCGGCGCGGGACGACUCGGCCCGGCGAGCGCAGAGGGAGAUCGACCGCGUGCUCGACCCCGCCUCGCUGCUCCCCGACGUCUUCGUGGAGCCCAGAGGCGCGAGAGCUCGUGGCUCCCGCAGGAGGAAGCGCGCCGGGGCGGAGUGCAGCGACACCGACCAGGAGCAGCUGCUGCCCUCUGACAACGAUGGCUCGAGCCGGCCGCUCACCAACGCCGCCUACGCGUCCGAGGCAGACACAGCGUCGUCCGAGAAUGCCGUGACGGCCCCCGCGACCGCCGGCUCGCCCUCCGACCCCUCGAGCAGCGAGGCCGUAAGUCCCCGGGCCGCGGGGACACCCGGCUCCCAGGGGCCGCCGUCGCAGGGCCCGUCCCCGCUGGGGACCCCGUCCCCGCUGGGGACCCCGGUCCCGCCGGCGACUCCGGCGCAGUCUCCGGUCGCCCCCCAGCAGCCGUCGAUCGAGGAGGCGCGCAGGCGCAUGCACUCGCUCCUGGACGACGCAUUCGCGCUCGUGUCGGCCGCGACCACGGGCGGGGGUCUUCGGCGGCCCCCCACGACCAUGCCUGCCCCCUCCCUACUGCUCCCCCGGCUUCCGCCCCCGCCGCAGACUCCGCCACCCGCCUCCCCGCGAGGAGGUCACUUUGAUCAUCAGCAGCAGCAUCAGCAGCAUCAGCAGCAUCAGCACAAUCAGAGUCGUCACGGUCAGCAGUCGGUGGAUAACUACCAACAGCAUCAUCGUCACGGAGCCGGCACGGCGCUGCCGGCCUUCGCAGCUCAUGACGGCGGUCCCGGGACAUUGUGGGUCGUGCAAGAUGGGGCAGCACCUCCUGCCAGCAACGGGGGCAGCGGAAGCGCGUUGUGGGCCUCUCAUCCGAAGCCAUCCGGGAGGACCCAUCAAGACUACAGUUCACAUGACCUUCAGCAACACUACAGGCACCCACACCAGCAUCAACACCAUCAUCAUCAUCAGCAGCAGCACCAGCAGCAGCACAUUCUGCCCGGGCUGCAGGCUUCACUGCCGGCCUACUCAUCGCAGCCUCCUCUCUCGGCUGCUCAGGCGGGGCCUCACCACCAGGCUGGCGCUGUAGGCUACUUCCAGGCCUCGGCCUACCCCCGGGAGUUCACGCGGAGUGCCCGGGGAGUGAUGGCGCUCGACCCCGGGGUGGCUGCUACCACCACGCGCCACCACACCUCGCACGGCGCGCUGGAGGUGAAGGAGCUUCCCGGGACCUACCCGACCCCGUCGCCCGGUGUGGGUCGCCGUGGCGACGUCGUGUGGUUGCCGUACCACCAGGACGGGGCCACCGCACUCUACCCUGCGCACCCGCACCAGCCGGGCUUCGCGGACGGAGGGUACCACCGACCGCCACCCCCUCCGCCGGCCUCUCAGCCGGGCGAGGCCCUGCUCCACGCAGGCCCAGGGCCUGCUUCCUUGCUGGCCUCGCGGGCGAUGGAAGGCCGCCGAGUGGGGCACGCGGGCCACCCACCCGGGCCGCCGCCGCCACUGCCGCUACCGUCGCAGCCGACGGCGUCGCUGAUCCGGUCGAUCCGCGAGGAGCUGGCGAGGCUGUCGGGCAGACACACGGACGUCCGUGAAUUUAGGGCAUCGUCAUGAAACGUGGAGCCCCGAGGAGGUUGUGCUCGGUGAUCGCCGAGCGAGCGAGACAAACGGCCGAGCGUGGCCGUCGGGGUUUUUCCGUGCAGACGUUUAAACAAUCGCUUUGGUUUUAGCCAGGGUGGGCGGAACUUUUGGUUUUUAUCGUGAGAUAUGAACCCGACGUGGGCGAGGAGGAGGACGAGGUGAGGUGGAGCGCCCCACCUCCUCCACCCGCUCCGCUCUCUCCGCAGAGCCGGAGGGCCGGACGUCGCGAAGCUCCCAAAGGGCUUCUUCUGCCGCCGCCGCCCAUGGACGCGUAUGACGGAUGCACACUGACGUUACCUUUAAUCGCAUUUCAAUAAUCUUCGUAACAACAACGAUCAUGAUAACAACAACAACAACAACGAUGUGUGCAGGUGUGUACAUAUUAACACAAAGAUAUCGCUAUGGGAGAAUUGGCUACUCUGGACAGAAUUCACUGAGCGACGUUGCACACAGGUGGGUCGAGUUCACCUGUCGCUGGCUCCUCCGCCAGUUCCUCUCCGUCAAAAACGUUUCGUGUUUAGGGCACGGAGCCCCCCCCCCCCCCGCGCCCCUUAACGCGCUCUGAACCUGCCCACCCGAGUUCGACUCCUGGCCACGGCUAACAUCAGUGGCGAGUGAUGUCUGAACCGGUCCUGGACCUCCUUCCCCCCUUCACCAACGCGUGCGGAGCGGCGUGGCGCAGUCCGGUGGGCACAUCUCUCACCUCGCGGUGGACUGACAAAGGGCUGUAAAUAAUUAUUGUUGUUCUUCACAUUUGCAGUGCGGUACAACUUGCGCUGUACAAAGCAUCGAAACACAACCGCACCGUGAAGACGUCUCUCACGAAUUCGUUUUGGGUCCGAGUGCCACUGAGCCUUAAUUAUGUUUCGCGCAAAACGUAUGCAAAACGUACGCGUGUGCAUGCGUGUGAGCACGCGCGCGAGCGUGCACAGCGUAUCUUUAACACGCGGGAUGCGUGGGACUCGGUUAGCGCUGUGAGACGGCGGACGACGCCACGGGAUCGAGCGUGCCUCCGCCACCGAGGCCGUGCGGGAGCGGCGGCGGCGAUUGCGCGCCCCGCGUGAGCGUGCACUACCGCGAGGCUCAAGCCGCGAAUUAAUUCAUUAUGCAAACGGCUCGUUAAGGCGGGGAGGCAAACGACUGCGGGGCUCCUGCACUGCAGGAGGCAAAUAUGCAUUCCCCCCCCCACUCCGCGCGUUAACGAAGGACGCGUCCCCACCCAUAAACAACAAAGACAAAGAUCCCCCGUAGAGCCUGGACAGACUCGUGGGGCAAGUGCCAUUAGCGGGCAGCGCCUAUGAAGGCGGGCACUUCACACGAGGGGGUGGGUGGCCAACACCACGCCCGGCCGCCUUUGUCUCCCCAGUGGUGAUGUUUAUACGCACCGCACCAGAUACUCAUUUGAUGCUGAGUUUACCUAGGGGAGGCCCAUGACCGGUUCAGAUAAUCGUCACCGGUGUUGGUCGUGAACAGGAAUCGAACUCGAGUCGCCAGGUUUGUAGCGAAGCGCUCUAACUGCUACACUACCACCACUCCACAUCCAUAAACAAUGCACACACACGGGGAGACCUCCUCACCCUGGAGACACACACCCAGGCUCUCAAGCACGACCGCUUUUCCACUGCACUAGUGAGUCGCGCCAGGACCGUACUGAGCCAGCCCGGGACAGGUACGGCUCGGCUUGGGCCAGAUUAAAUUUUUCAACUGCAGAAGUCGAGCCGUGCCAUCGGUGUAGUGUCCAAUGAAGGCAUCACAUCGUUAGCCCGCGCCCCUGGCCUUGCUUGGCCGUGAGCCACAUUCAGAUAUUUCUUUCGAGGCCAGAGGGCGUUUUGUUUCGGUUCGAAACUGCAAACAGCCCCAGUGGAAGACCACCCCUAGUACCGUUGACUCGGCUCAGAUGUGCCAGUGGAAAAGUUGUGCGUUUUGGUUGAAAAGAGGAUUUACCUCUGAGUGGACCUGUGUAGGAAACGGAGCUGAGAAGAGUUUGGGGUGUGUUGUUAUGGGAUUUUUUUGAUCACUUAAACGCAUAAUAAUGUACAUACCCUGAUGUAGAAAACAAAACAAUGACGCGUGAACCAGAAGGUGCUUAGCAGUGACGGCAUCGGUAGCAACCCUGUGCAUGGAAUCAGGUAAACCAAUGGACGUUUCACAACGUACAACGCGACGUUGAGUACUCGCGCCACGGUAUAUUUUUGUAGGCCACAGUCGGUCGAGGCUGCCGUAUCUCCCAGAUACUGAAGGCCGUGCAGUGAAGGCCUGUGUCUCGGCACGGCCACCGCUCCUCGGCCCGUGCCACCAUCCCGUCGCUCGGUCUCCGCACAAGCCCAGGCAUCUCACGAUCGGUAGGUCGCGUCAAUUGGCCGAGUCCCAGUUGUACACAUUUUAAACGUAUCAGUUUGAUGGCAUUGGAGCGAAUGAAAGAGGCCACUUUAAUCGAUCUCGGAUUAUUCGUCGCGUGCCAUGGACGUCUCAAGUGCACAAUUGAAAUACAUUUUUGGGAAAAAUAAAAUACACCACACGGGUUAUGGUUUGAACGAUUUCAGAAGUUAAAUAAUUUUACAUGAACGUUUUUUGGCAAAUUGUAGGCACUAACCUGGUAUCCAUUGCUCGGUGCAAAGAGGGCUGUGUUCUUGUGUUCAUCUCGGCAUUGUUCUGUUUGUUGCCUGGUCGAGCCUUGUUAGAUUUAAAAAAAAACUCGACUCGCAUUCUCUAAGAUUCGUCGAUCGAUUGCAGUGCUCGUGAGACAAGAUCUGACUUUUAAAAACGUCCUCAUCGCGAGAAGCGUGGGGAACUGCGAACUUUAGAGGCCUCAUUUUAUGGAUUCUGUGAAUCGACGAAUUGGCACAAUUUAGUUAUGGUCGUGAUUGGUUCAAGAGUGAGUAAUUGGUGCAUUUGACCAUACUUCACCACGCUGGUCGGUGCGGGCUGGUGAAGGAGGGCGUCGGGGAGGGGGGGGGGGAGGUGGGAACCAAUUUAGUGAUCACUCGCCACACAUGUUCACCCUGGCUAGGAAUUGAACAAUAUCCAAUGACCACUUCACCACCCUCCCCCACGUAAAUAACAGGAGUUGAAAUGAAUACAUUGUCACCCACGUGAUUCGAUAGGUGUUGUCACGAGCCUAUUAAUCGAUCUUGAUGAAUCGAUGCGUCGUGACAGUCCCUAUGCUCUUGGUCACCUCAUUGAGGGCUGGCGGAUCAUCAAAUGUCUCCUUCAGUGGAGACGCAGCCGAGAAAACAAACAGCUGGAAUCUCUCAACCCACCGCUGUUUGCGCUGAACUACGGGUCCACGGUGGAGUGCCCUUGCCAGUAACAUCUGACAACCCAUCGGCAAGCGGCGGUAUGUUUCGCACGCCUGACUUCUGGCGCACAGCCGAGGUGUGUCGCUACGAGAUGUGAGCUACGUGUGUUUCUGAGCUGAGUAUGUUUUUUGUCUCCCAGUUUGUGUAUAUAUUUACCUCUUAACCUACGCGGUCUGGACACUGAUCAAUGUCCCAUUUUUAAACAAAGCCAACAUCCCACGGGUUUGCUCCAUGGAUCUUCGGCUGACUCCCACUGCGGUUUUUAGAGCUGAUCCCAAUGCAGGGUUUCUCAACUCCGCGGUCCGCACGUACGCAUUUACCACUCUCAUUCGUUCGAAUAUAAAUUAAGUUGGCGCCUGCUGCACCAACCCGAUGAUUGCUAAACACGUUCCAAUGUGUGUGUAUAUACCGAGUGUGUCGAUUCAAAUCGAAUAGGGAUCUUCUGUGUCUCUCUGUCGCAUACAUGAUGUACAGAGUUCCGAUUCAAAUUCGGAUAGCGAUCUCGUGUGUGUGUCUGUGUCCCACGUGGGGAAUUGUGGUGCAGCGGUUGGCACACCGUGCGAUGCGAGUUCGAUUCACAAAUGAGCCGUGGUCCUGGCCACUUUCUUCCGUGUGUUCAGGCCAUCGUAGAUGCUCGAUAACAGCACUAUCCUCAACAGUCCAUAACGGCGAUCCGGGGAGGUGUAAGGGGGGAGCGGGACCUUCAUGUAUUGUCAGACCUAGGACGUAUUUACCAAUCAUCCGGCGUGUGCAGCGUGCUGAGAAUCAAUGUGAACUUGAGCGCUAAUGCUUGGUAGAGCGUGGUUUUUGAGAAGACUGCUUGAGCGCUCUGGAACAAUGGAACCUUGGGUUAUUCCUGGCGCUUUAAACACCGCCGCUAUGGUGUAGCAGUCCGCAAACCUCGCUGUGGCAGCGCCUUCGUAAGGCGCGCGCGUGGCUCAAUGGGUGGGCGGUCGUUUCAUAGUAAUAACAAAAGCCAGCAUAGGUUGCAUGGGUCAUGGCGCGUACACGGAUAGUGUGUGUGUGUGUGUGCGCGCCACGCGUUGUGGACGAAUGCUCCUGCUCGUCCGACCCUUGCUUCUUGGAGGAAUCGUGCCCCAGUCGCCUCAUCGCCAACGCGGGGGUGCUAAUCAAAUCGCCAUACUUGGCAUGCCGAUGAUGAUGCUGAUGAUGAUGACGACCGUGAUACCGAUGAUGACCAGGGCUUAAUUCCCCACUGAAUGUUUUAAGAGCGGUUGGUGGAAGACUGUCAGCGCAGAUCUUGGCGGUCGCCUGACUACUGGGCAGCAGCUGCGGGUUCUGCCAGGGGGUGGUUGGCGAGGUGUGGGUGGUGGCAUCAACAACUUCGGCCACCGUGGCGCCUUGCUUCUGUUAAUCUAGAAUUGGUGGCACGUGACUCGUAGCCAACAGCCACAAGGCGAGAGGAAUACUGGAUGUGGGGUGUCCCGGGUGCAUACCAUCAAUCCUGUUGACUGACUCGGACAGACCCGGCUGAAAUUAAGCCCUGGUAACGACGACGAUGUGGACGACGAUGUCGAAGAUGCAUCUCACUCCGCUUGCGAACGCUGCCGUGUCCGUGCAAGAUUGUCGCGCGUCGGCUUCAGUCGCACAGACAAACCUAGCGCUCUCGCGUAGCGAUCGAUCGCCUUAAACGUUAUGCAUUCAGCUUCGUGACAAUAACAAUAUUAAUAAUGAUAAUAUGCAAACGCAAGGCUCUGUAGAACGCCGGGCGCCCGUACAUCUGCGCCGGAACUCUCGCGGGGAAUCCACGGCGCGAGUCGGCGAGUUGAUUCGUCUCGCGACGCGGCUCCAGGACGCGGCUCCAGGAGGCGGCGGCUCCACCGCGGCGGGCGCUCCGAGGGUGCCCGCCCACGUGCCGUUUGCGCCGUCUGUGCCGUCGCAUUUUUAGCGCAAGCGAGCAACGCGCCCGAGCGGCCGUAGGACGCGGCCGUGACACCGUGCCGCGGUGGUCGUCCCCAUUCUGCUGGCGUUUGGCCGCGGGGUGGAGACAGCAUCGGGGCUUGCGCGACCCCGAGGAUCGCCAUCGGGAACUGUCCCCUCGUCCGAGAGGCGAUGCGUUCAUUGGGCCGAGUGGCUGCCAUCUCUCCGGGCGAUCCGGUUUCCUCCCACUUGCACAAACACUCGUCGAUUGAUCGAUAACACUUUCAUAUAUAGAGGACCGCAGAGCUUGGAGGGGGGGGGGCGUGCAGGUAAUUUGGUGCUGGCUCCUCACCGCGUGGCUGCUGCUGCCGCCUUCUCUGCUCGUCUGUGGCUCCUGCUCGCACCUCCGAGUCGUCCUCUCUCGUCGAGAGCGAGCGGAUGCUGUGCGGCAUGACAAGUUGACAUUAUUAUGAUGAUGUUAUGGUGAUCUGUGUUGCAUCUCCAGUUCUAAGUGGAGGCUGCUUAAAAUACGCGAUUCCACAAAAACCUCAAACAGCUCUUGUAAGAUGCGCGACACGAGCCAGAAGCUUCGCUAAUGACAAACAUUUGAUGUCAAGUUCGGAUAGUCGUGCCAAUAUUGCGCCAUAUUUCCGUCGCUACGACGUCACCCACCCACGUGCUCUGAGACAUUAAUGCAGCGACGUCACAAAGACGCUGUCAUGGAAAGUCUGGCCGGCAGUAUGAAUUAUGUUCUUAGGUUUUUUCGGUAAAGUCACGAAAGCUUCAAAUCUAGUAUGAGUUAUGUGGAACUUCUUCCGCCAACCGUGCUGAUUGGAGGCGCGGUUUGAAGGGCAACACACGAGAAAGGCAGCCCACGUGUGUUGUAGCUGCGAGACAAGAGCCGUUGGUGGUUUGUUGGGUCGCUUAGCCCACGAACAGGUGUUUGUGUUGUUUCUAUCGAGAUUGGAGCGAGGGAAGUUUAACUCCGCUACCUUCCCCCUAACCCACGGUCUCUCUCCCGACCGCCACCUCGCCGUUCCCAUGCCGGUGCCGGUGAGUGCGCUCUGUGCGCAGGCGAAGUCCCGGCGCGUUUGGUGUCACGUGCCGAUCUGCUAGGCGCUUGAACGAGAGGACAUUCAGAGCCAAAGCCAGCGCCGUUUCGGUGUCACGGUGCGUUCCAUUCGUGUCCACAGAGCGCCGCGGAAUCUCCUCUGCCAGUGGCAUGCCGCUCUACGGGUUUAUAUCGAUCACACCAGCCGGGCGAAGAGCAUCCCAACCCUCCCUCGCGUGAAGGGCGUCAUUGUUGCACAACGCCUUUAAGCUCCACAUCACCGGUAGACCGGGGUAGGUGGCACGUGACGAGUACAGCGGCCAUAGGCCGCCGCGUGCGGUGUCCUGGAUGUGGUGUGCCGGAUGCAGGCAUGGCGGGUGGCGACUGAGGGAGAAGGCGGGGGGAGUGUGUGGCGGCAGGAAGUGGGAGCCCCCCAAUUAAAGUUAAUUGAGCACAAACCGCGGUGUUUGCAAGCGAACAUCGCCGCCCUGCCCCCCUGGGCUAGAGACCCCCCCCCUCCUUGAUCUCACCACGAGGCCACUCGCUGCGUCGUGCAUAUCGAAUUACUUUAGCAGCGCAACACAGAGCGAUACAUUUGGAGAUGCCCCACCGAUCAUCAUUAUCGUCGCUACAGACACGACACUCGGUUGCUAUUGAGGCAUUGUGUGCACGCACCGCAUUGUCUCCGUUUAAUUGCUCGGAGAGACGUUGCUCUGUUAUUCUCGCCACGUGUUACGGACAUUCUGUUUACUCCAGUUGCCAAUUGUUUUUGUUCGUGGUGGCUCACGGCCAAACUGUUUUACUUGGAAUAGGCGCCGUGCGUACGUGUGCGUGGCAGAUGCGUGAAUCUCCAUCCAUGUCACCACCACCACCACCACCCGUUGAGAAGAAAGUCGAGAGAGGGUCGUUCGAAAUGAGUGGGGCAUCUAUAAACGGGGAUCUCGCUUGUCCACUCGGCUCAUUUGCACCGCGGUCAGCGCUCCCGAACUCACAAUCGGAACUGCGCGAGGUCGAGACCCGAUUGCGGGGCGAGUGGACCAAAUCAUCCCUUCGGGCGACCUCGUCUCAUGGAUAUCCGGUGCCCCGUCAGGGAAACGUGGAAUUUCUACCACCGGCUCUGCAAUGGCAAUUGGUGAUGAGCGCCAACCCAUUUGCUCGCGUUGAGCAUGGGGGCGAGUCGAGCUUUGACUUUGAUGAUGUUUAUUGCUUUUUAUUAUGCAGUGUCGGUGCGAGCGUGUGCCAGGUGCGGUGGAUGUGUUCCGGAUGAAGGGAUCUUACCUGGUGCUCUCUGUCGCGUUUACAAAGGUCACGCGGGACUCGCCCACAAACCCUCGAUUCCGCUCUCGAAUCUACGUCCCGAGAGCGACCUCCGACGCGGAGAUGGAGCGAUGGAAUCGGUUCGUGCGUAAAAUGCUCGCCGGAUUGUUGUCGCCUCGCAGGGACGGGAGAGACAGCGGCGGCUUACAUAUUUAAUCAUCCAGCAGUGGAUACAUCACGGCUGCUGCUGCUGAUGAUGUUGAUACAUAAUUAUAAAUGUAAUGUGUUUAUCUAGGAAAGCUUUCCCAGUCGUAGGAUUCUUGAGUCGAGGAGCUGGUGGCGGCUACGCUGCGGCGCGUGGCUGCCUGCAGCCCAACGAUGUGGCGGCACCACGGAGGGUUGGUGAUCACGGCACAGGUGUCGCAAAACUCCCUUCCCGUGGGUGUCGGAUCGAGUGUUGCCCCCUCGCACACGUGGUUUUAUCUCCCGGUGCUCCGGUUCGCUUCCACUCGUCUAAAGACUUAAAAUAGAAACCCAAUGUGGCAGGACCGGCCUGAAAGAGUCAUACGACGCAGUGUGGCCUUCCUGGAUAAAUACAUUUCCAAAAUCCACUGCUAUAUGAAGGCCUCCCCACGCCGUGUCGUUCAUUGUGGAUUGAUUGGCGAUACUUCACCACGCUUGUCAGCGCGGGUUGGUGAAGGAAGGGUAUUGCCCAGGACUGGUUUAGAUAUCACUCGCCACUGACGUUAGCCGCGAAUUAAACUCAGGUUAUCGGGUUCAUGGCGCGGUGUUCCAGCGGGGUGGCGUAGUUUGUAAACAGCAGAGGGAUAUCUGCGUGCUCCUUGCAGACCGUACGGUUAGCGAGCACCUAUUAAGGCCGGUACGGCACAUCAGUUAACGGCGUUGGGAUAUUUGGCCGACUCCAUUUUAAUAAAUAGAGUAAAUACGCAGUCAAUCUGUCUCUUACACGUGUCCGUCUCUCCACACAAACAUAUACAAGUAAAUCUUAUGCAAAUCACCAGCCACACGGCCGUCUGGGGGUGCGUCAUUUCAGCAGCAUUGAUUCAAACGCAAGCAAAGCUCUGGGCCGGUUUCGACGCUCAGUGUCUCAUCAGCAGAUUCAGAUUCGCUUGAAUCAGUGCUGGUGAAACUGCCGAAGGUACAAGCAAGGCCCCUCUCUUUAGGAGGUGCAAACUGCCUGCUUGGCUAUGUUGUGAUGCGCAUUCCCCACAAGUGCGUUGGGGAUUAUUCUGAUCGUCUGUAAAUCGGGAGUUGUGGUUUUUAGUUUUCACGAGGGAGGAAACUGGCGUCAUCUGCAGAGAAGUCACCACGGCACACUGGGGGGGGGGGGGGGGGGGGUGAGACUCAGAGGGCAAACUCGCUUGCUGUGCUGCCAUCCAUCGGCGUGACGAGACGCUACAUCCGUUUUAACGUGGAAUAGAUUCCGCGAAUGGCGUGGCGAGGUUCGGCAUCGUCCCUGAUGUAAAGAAUGGCAUGGCCCCCCCCUCUGCCCCUUGUGACCGACGUUGCAACCUCUUCAUAACGCGGUGCCUGGGGCCCCCGCUGGUCUGCGUGGACUGCGGGGCAGGUGCACCGCCUGCACUCUCGAUGGCUACGCCACUAAUUCCACGUGAUAUUGAUUUAACAUAUCUGAAACAUAUUGUUGUUGAGAUCAAUGUAAGUGAUCGAGCUGCAUACAGGCAAGACGUUGCCGAGUAGGGGAGGUAAUGCUGUACCGCGUUCGAUGGUGUACGGGAAGGAACGCGAAUGAACUCAAACUUGAUCCAGAUCCGUUUUACUCACGAUUUUUAAUUAUUUCAUGAAAACGAAUGCAUUAAAAAACUAUUUCCUAAUUUACUCAACACCCAUCGUGAGCUUCUUCUCUCUCUCUGUCUCUCGCGCGCUUUCCGUGUCCUGCUUCCAGGGCUGUGUUUCAGCUGGAGCUGUCCGGGGCUGAACUCCGAAAAAAUGGUCAUCACAA